UUCUUGCUAUUCUAGUCUCUUUGGUUUUUGUAUGAAGGAGGUGGAGAGUAUGAAUGGAGGGGAACUUUCUCAUGCACCAUCUUAAUAGAGAGUGUUUCAGUAUUUUUGUCAGUUAAAAUAGUCUAAAAAGUAGGCGAAUGGGUUGAGAUACAAAGCUAUGCUUUACCAUGUCCUCUAAUGCCCCGUGCUUCACGUAAAAAGAGAUUGUUGACCCCAAACAAAUCUCAGUUGUAUUUUAAAGAAGCACCUAUUAAUGGACCAAAGCAUGACUGUGGACCACAGCUUCGGAGUGCUAUUUACCCCAGGACAUUUACAUCAGAUAAACAACAGAGAGGUGGUGCACCAUUUACCUCUUGGGUGUCUCCACAGUUUAGUUCACAUGAUAUUAAAGCGGUCAGUCGAGGAAAUGGAAAAAACCUGUCUACUACGAGAAAUAAAUCCAACACAGUGUCAGGUUUGUCUUUGCAUCACGACAGAAGGAGGGCUGUCAGUAAAUACGCCCCCUUGUCUUUCGAGACAAACAGAGAAGUUUCACAGCACCUGCGAACGAACCGUCGCACAAAAACAUCCACUGAUGUAGCCGAAGUAGUGAGGUGUUCAAGAGGCCGGAAUUAUAGGCCGGUUACUCUUUGCAAUCUUGAUAAAGGAACUGUUGAAACCCCUAAACGGACAUGUCUCCGGAAAGAGGUGAAAAGAAGUACGGCUGCGUCUGUGGUUGGAUCACGUACAGAGGUUACCAUCAACGCACCUGUUCAUAAAAAUGGGAAAAGGACAUUUGAGGCUUUUGGAAGCCCAACACCUAACACAUCUUCAGCUCUUGCACCCCCGGAGGUAGAGACGCCAGAAAUGCCACAUUGUUUCAGUGCAUCCUCACCCAGUGGGAUUCAUCUCCUCUUUCCCCCAAAUCAGGUGAAGACUCCUCCACAUACUCCGAACACAAACGUCCUGGUGAAGGAUACGCCAGAGAAAGACUAUGGGCUGAGGGUAACAUGGAGACGGAGAAAGGGGUUGAUGAAAUUACUGAUAGACAGUGGAAAGCUCCUCUUAAAAGAUGCAGAAGUUGCAAAUGAGUGGCUUUAGGACUGGAAUUAAUGGAUAAUGUCAUAAUUUAUGAUUUGUUUUAUAGUCAUUUUUGUUCAGUACUUUCAGAUAAAUGGAGAUAAAUUA